AUGUGGGAGCCUGGCAAGCCCACCAAGGGGAAGUGCUUUAAGCUUCUAGGAAUUUUAUAUAUCAAAAAUAUUCCCUGUGCAUGGGAUUUGAUAUUGUAUGGUUCAUUAGGAUUUGCUGUGCCUGACCUUGAACAUUUUUUUGAUGAUGUUGGAGUAUGAGGAUUUAUCUUGGUGACUUUAGGAUGUUGGUUCCAUUGUGGAUAUAAUUAUGGCAAAGCAAGAAUCCAGGAAAGAACUUCCAGAGAAGGAAUUAAAAAUAAGAUUUUAUAUGAAAGUACCCACCUUGAUCCUGACAGAAAACAAACCAAUGGCAACUCCAGCAGUUGA